UGGACUGCACCAUUCCCCAAUCUCCCUUGUGCACCGCGGAUUGCACCCCUCCUGGGGUUUAAUGUGAAAGCUGAAUUAAUUGACUGGUGCCAAUUGUGACGGCGGAAACCUGGAGGGUUGCUUGUUGUAUUUCCUGAAGCGGGUUGCACUUUCCCCCUGGGUCUGUGAAUGAAUGGUUGUUGCUCUCUCUCUCUCUCUGCUGUUUGCCGAGCGCCCGGAUGGUUAUCAGCUGCAAACUGAGCCAAAGCUGAGCUGGGGGGAUCUGAACCCAGCAAACACUGCAGCCGCGCUCCCAGCUGGAGAAUGUCCCAGGCUGGCUGCCAGCAGACUGAGAGACAUCACAGUUUUCCUGCCGUGGUUCUCAGGAGCGGAGCCGGGGGCAUGUGUGUGCAGCGUUAGGGGAGAGAGGAGGCGGCGGGGGUAAACCUGCUUUAAAACUGAUGGCAAGCCGCUGGAAGCUGCCUCACCACACGGCACCAUGGCCACUCACUCCAGCUUGUACAAUGAAGACAGAAAUUUGCUUCGAAUUAAGGAAAGGGAAAGACGAAACCAAGAAAUUCACCUUGACAAAGAAUCUUUCCUUAAAAAUGCCCCCCUCUUUGGUGAGCCAUACAAGACCAAUAAAGGGGAUGAACUUUCCAGCCGCAUUCAGAAUAUGCUGGGCAACUAUGAUGAGAUGAAAGAUCUGAUAAGUAACAAGAGUCAGCAGGACUUCAUUGGUAUACCCAAGAGGGUUUCCCAAGAAAAAGAUAAGUGCUUGCUUGGUGCAAAACGGAGUAAUAGUUCACUACAGCCUUCCUUUCACAAUAGCAAUCCACGAUCAAUGGGACCUCGCAGUGCAGCUUCUUCAACCGGUGUCUGCUCCUCUGAUAAGAACACUACAGCGAUAGAACAGAACGGCCAAAGCCUCAGUCAGAACACUAAGGGCUAUAUCUCAUUUCCAAACCGAAGCCAAAAAAAGGACAAUUGCUACAGUGGCCAGGAAACUUGCAAUAGCCUUCGAGUGAGGGAUGACCAGCCAGCGGGUACGGACGGUCACAGCAAAGUCCAGUUAUCCCAUUUGCAACACUUGCAACCACUGUUACCGUUGUCCUCACUUAUGCAGCCCUUGUCUCCAAUAACACCAUUAUCCCCCUUACAUUCCAGCGGGUUUACCAAUUCCAAAUUGCAGCAAAGUAAGAGUAGUCGCAGCAAGGACUGUCCUCCAACAAAAUCUCCAAGUGAACAAGAAGUACACUCCGGUGAUCCUGAGAACUUGCCUUCUGAUCUGAGUGUUCCAGUCCCCAGCCAACAUGCAUCUCAAACUUUUCCACCAUCUCUACCAUCGAAACCAAACAUGAUACAGCAAAAGCCUACAGCAUAUGUGAGACCGAUGGAUGGGCAAGACCAAGCACCUAGUAAAUCCCCAGAACUAAAGCCUCCUGCAGAGGAUUACUCUGAGGAACCAUUUGGAAAUAUAGCUGCAAUGAAAGCAAGUGCCAGAGCAAAGCUAUCCAAACUUAAAAUUCCUUCUCAGCCAGUCGAGGAAACACUAUCAAAUGAAGCCAAUUGCGUUGAAGAAAUCUUAAAAGAAAUGACGCAAUCAUGGCCACCACCUCUGACUGCCAUUCAAACGCCCAGCACAACAGAAUCAUCCAAAUUUCCGUUCCAAAGCAAGGACACCCAGCAUGCCCCUUCUGGUUUUAUAGGACACAAGAAAUGUGAGAUCCUUCCACAAAGUUCUCGAGGGGAGAAUUCGACACUUGAAAAUGACCUCCAAAUCAGCAGCAGUGAUGACAGUGAUGGAGAUCAGGUCAUGGAAAAGCCAGUGCCUAUUUCUGCCCCUGAAAGAGCUUCCUUGAUUUCUCAGAGGGAUGAAGCAAUAUCAAGACAUUCCAAUGGCGGAUUAAACAACUUGACUGAAUCUGAGAAUUCUUCUGGCUCUGAUUCAGAGACUGAAAGUAGCUCCAGUGACAGUGAAGGAACAUCAAGAGCUCCAACACCUGAGCCUGAUCCUUCACCAGCAAAUAAAUGGCAACUUAAUAAUUGGAUCAAUCCAGGCCAACCUGCAAUGUCUACUGACAGCCACAGUGAGUUAAUGAAUGGGCACAAUUUUCAAGACAGCCAGACAUCUGAAGCAAAGGAAGGCCACGAUUGUAGUGGCUCUAGCCAAGAGAAAACUGCGCAAGAAAUACCUUGGAACAAAAGUGAGUGGCAGAACUCCCCUGCUGUGCAUGAUGGCAGCACUCCGCAGCAAGCUGUCAGAAAAAUCCAACCCAGCAAAUCUGUUAAAACUCUUGUGCCUGAAGCAAACGGAGGAAUUAAAGCUGAAAAUGAACCUUGCACACACGGUGAUAAAGACCAAACUUCCACAGGGCAGGCCAAAGUGAAAAUAAAAGAUGGGCAGCGGUCGAGUGAGAAAAGGCAAUCUGACCCCUCAGCCAAGGUUUCGUCUGAAAAGAAAAAGCACAAGGGUCCUGGCCAGAAUUUUUUCAAAUCCAAGCAAUUAAUAAAUAGAGACUCUUUGCCCACAGAUCAAGAUUCCAGCAAAGGUGAGCCACCUUCGUGUUGUAGUCUGCUUCCUGCAGCCCUUUCACCUCAGAAGCAGGAAUGUGAUGAAAAUGGAGUUAACAUCAGUAAACCAGUCAGGGAGGAAAGCAGGACUACCUUCCCUAAGUGCACUGCUGAGGUCAGGAAUGCCAACAAGUCCAACGUCAACAGAUCUGUCACUAAAGCCAAAGAGGUAAACAGGACUACCUUGCUCCAUCCUGCACAUGAGGUUAGGGAAGAAAUACGGACCAGCAUUGCAAAACCUGACUGUCAGGUUCGGGAGGAAACCUACACCAAUAUUAAUAAACCUGCUGGUAAGGUCAAAGAAGAAAACAGCAGUAGUACCAGCAAAGCCAUUACAAAGGAAAAUAGGACUAAACCGAGUAAACCAGCCAAUCAGGCAAAUGACAAAAUUCUCUCCGAUCAGGUUUUGCCUAUCAGGAAUGUCGAGGAUUUGCAUUCAUCGACAAAAGACAGUAAAGUUCACUGUUCGCUAAUUGUAAAAAUUGAUUUAAGUUUGUUGUCAAGAAUCCCAUCAUUGUCUGGCAAAGAGAGUGAACAACCCAGGAACCGUAUUAUGAAAUGUUCUGGCCAGGAACAUCAGGAACAAUUGAAGGAGAGCAAAGAAAGUUUAUCCAGCAAGAUCAAGAGAAAGCAUCCGGUUAAUGUGGUGACGAGUGAGAGCAAAAAGCCAAGGCUGAAUAAAGAAAACAAGUCCUCUUCAAGCCAUCAGGAAUCCAGUCAGAAGCGAGUUCCCCAGUCUUCCUCUGAGAAGGAAAACCCAUUUUUACUGCCACUUCCAUCUCCUGCACAGAAACCAGCAAAGGUAGCCCACAAACGGCACAACAGUGCAAGUAGUACUUCAAGCCAAGUCUCCACCAUGAGUGCUACUGAUAGCAAGGAUUGCAGCAGCAAGAUUAACUCUUCUUCCAGAUCAUUAUCCUCUAAGCACAAAAGAACUGAGGAUAAACUGUCUGGGCACUUAAAAAGCAAGGUGUUUUGCCAAGGUACUGCCAGUAAAACCACUCCAGAGCAAUCCCUCCCGAAUGAAAAUUCCAAACCCACAAGGCCUCUGCUCAAGUUUGAUGACAAGCAAUAUCCAGUAGAGUAUCACUUACGAGAAGCCAAAAAAGUAAAGCACAAGGCUGACGUCAUGUCAGAUAAGAUUGGGAAAGCUUUCAACUAUUUGGAUGCUGCACUAUCAUUUGUUGAAAGUGGUAUAGCCAUGGAAAGUGAGGCACAGCCGCCAAAGUCUGCUUACACCAUGUUUUCUGAAACAGUGGAUUUAAUCAAGUACAUUAUGAAACUAAAAAACUUCACUGACUCAUCAGCAACUACAAUAGAAAAAAUAUUGGUAGUGUUAUGUAUUCGCUGCCAGUCUUUGCUCUUCAUGGCAAUGUUCCGAUUUAAGAAGGAUACUGCUUUGAAAUAUUCAAGGACCUUAACCGAACAUUUCAAGAGUUCUUCCAGGACAGUACAAGCUCCAUCUCCUCGUGUUGCCAGAGGUACCGGCACACCUUCUCCACUGUCUCCGACACCAUCCCCUGCCAGCUCCGCAGGCUCCCAGCCUGGAUCUAGCUCCGGUAAUGGUGCCAGUGUUGCCAUUCCACACAUGAUUCAUCAGCUGGCUUCCAACUAUGUCAGCAUCACUUCCAUUUUCCUCCAUGGCCAUGACCUAUGGGAACAAGCAGAUGCACUAGCGAAAAAAAACAGGGAAUUCUUCGCAGAGCUUGAUGCAGCAGUUGGGCUUUUAUCCCUGACCAGCAGCAUGACUGAGCUUGUACACUACAUCAGACAAGGUUUACAUUGGUUGCGACUGGACACUAAAUUGCUAUAACGAGAUGCAGAAAUUUAUUUUGACGUCAGCCAGUUUGUCCUUCAGCACCAAACACACGGCUGUUCAGUGUUUUUUUUAAAUGAGGAAUAAUAAAUGUAAAGGUGCAGCAGAAACUUUAAUAAUGUAGGUCAGCACUGAACUUCUGCAAAAAUGAACUGGCUGAGCCUUCACUUCAUGAACAAAAGUGCAAUUUUUUUUUCUCUUGACCCUUGUGGAGUUGGAAGAUUAAAACACUGUCUUCAACAUUUCUUUGUUGAAGUCACCAUGAAGGAUGAAGGGCUUGAAAAGACCCCUAUUGGCCUGUGUCCUGGUCAAGAAACAACAGUAGCUGUUGCCUUCUCAUGACGUUCUGGCAACAGUAUACAUAUUGUGCAUUAGCUGCUUUACAUUUGGAUAAAGAAAUAGCAGGUAAAGAAUGUUGUAUUCGGUCACAGGAACAUUGGUGCAGUGAUUACCUGGAAAGCCCUCUAAUGCAAAUCCCUAGAGGACAAGGUACAUCCAGGAGGUUAAUAUGUAAAUGUUUAAAGUGUCCAACUGUUAAUUUUAUUCGUAAAUUAGGAGCUGUGAAAAAGAACUUUAAUUUUCUUUGGAUUUUUUUGCCCCAGUUGCAUCCAUAUUUACUGCCUUUUCUUUCGUAUUUAUUAGAAAUCUAUUUUUGUCCCCAUUGGACCCAAGUAUUGCUGGCAAAGCAUGAUUAACAGAACAAAGUGUAUUUUUUUUGGUGGAGGGGUUUUGGGGAGGAAGGGGGGAGGAGAAGAAGUUGAUGGGCAUUGCCUGCCCUUUCUGUAGUUCAUAUCAAAGCCAUGUGUAGCUUUUCUCAGAACAAUCUCUUAAUGUUCAGCGUGCCUUAGACAUCCUACUUUGUAUGUAAGUAGUUAUUUCUAGCCAUAGAUAAGUUGCUGCUUCGAGGGUCUGGAGUAAGGAAAAUAUGAAUGGUGUGUUGAGAAGUGGUCGAAUUCCUAUAAUGUGGGUACAAUUUAGUUCUGUAUAGUUGACGUUAUGAGAAAUGAGGAUUUGGCAUAGAUCAUUAUUUCAUCAUUUCUGUUCCCUGUACACCAGACUUGUCCUGAGUAAAGGUGAGCAAACUGUUUGGAUGUAUAAUUACCCUUUGUGGGGCAAUUUUCUACCUACUGUUUUAUUUUUAUAAAUAGGAAAAAGUGGUUUUCUUGCUGUGGGGUGGGUGGGUGAGGGAAGAGAAAAUAUUUUCCAAAACUUGUUGCCACUUUCAGAUUUUAGUUAAAGCCUACUCGGAGCAGGAUUUCUCGGAAAAUGCUGGAAACCUGAUAGCAAUAUAUGGAUUUAAAGGAUCUGGGGAAGUGGGGAGCCCAAUCCAUUGUUGCUCACCUCUAGUCUUGAUAAUGCUGUGAAUGACCUUGGCCAACUAUCUGGAUGGGCCCUGUAUAGUUAAAAAUUCUAGCACACUGCAGCUCCUGCUGCUUGAAGUUACUGGAAUUCAUUAUAACUUUAUUUGAAAUUGUACUUGCACAUAUAUAUUUUUGCUGAUGAAAUUACUGCAGAAAUGCUGAAGAGUCUAUGUAUUAUAUACACAGUAAAACCCAUAUGAAAUAGUAAAC